AUGCGUAAACCCUCUCAUCCAUCACUUGCAUCACUAGAACACGGUUACACACAAAUAAGGAAAGGGGCCACGACGUGUUCAAACAUGUUCAAAAAGAAGAGGGGACCACGACUGAAAACUAAAAAAACAGAUUCAUGUAUACACACUCAACGGCCAAACCGCGAAGGGAGUAAGGGUUUAAGACUUAUCUUUAGGAAUUAUCGACAUCGUCGAGCCGCCGCUUGCGUAAAAGCCCUCAAACUCGUUGGAAAACGCUUUUGGAACCUUCCCACCUCAACACCACACGACGUCGGACCCGCAUACCUCUUCAAUUCCGCCGCCGAUUCACAGAUUAUCCGCCCCUAA